UUAGAUUGAUAAGUGGUGCGUGCGGCGUUUGUGAAAAACAAAUAAUUUCGUAAUUUAUUUCGAGUUUGAAAUGGUCAUUACUGAUUGAGUUUAUUGAUAAUAUUUUCAUCUUAUCAAUAGUGUGUUUUUAGGGAUGUAAAGCGUAAUGAAAUAAAUAUCGUGCAACAAAUUUCAUUUUUUAUUCUGGGGUCACCGUAAUACGUUCGCAUCAAAUAAGGGUUGUAAUCUCCGCGUUAAAAUACUAGUACAAAUUAACAAGAAAGAAACCUUGAGAGGUGUGCAUCGGACAGUAAUUUGGUCAGGACAGUGAUGAGCUGGGGAAGAUAAACAUUGCUGCAGAGAUGAAGGCCGGGCGAGCGGGCCUGGCGGCCGGCGCGCUGCUCGCGUUGCUCUGCGCUGCCUCGGCCAACAUUACCCUGCCGCAUCCUGGCGUGCCCGGCGAGGCGGGCGAGGCGGGCGGGCGCGCGCUGUGCGGCGCGGGGCAGUUCGCGUGCGCGGACGGCUCGCGCUGCGUGCCCGCCGCCUGGCGCUGCGACGCACGCCCGCACUGCGACGACGCUUCCGAUGAAAUUAAUUGCACAUGGAAUACGACCUGCCUGCCGACGCAGUUCCGUUGCGCGCGCAGCGGCCGCUGCAUCGCCGAGUCGUGGCGCUGCGACGGCGAUGCCGACUGCGGGCCCGACGACCACUCCGACGAGGAGCCCUACACGUGCGAGAAGGACUUCAAAUGCCCGGGCAACGAAGCCCGAUGCGCGACGCCCAUGGACGGCCAGUUCGUCUGCGUGCCUGUCUACCAGUUCUGCGACAACGUGCGGCACUGUCCCGACGGUAGUGACGAGUGGGACAUCUGUGACGACAACAAGAUGUCAGUAGAAGGCGGGAACUGCUCCGAGCGCUGCGCCGUGGGCUGCCGCCCCACGCACGAGGGCCGCCGCUGCUACUGCCAGCACGGGUUCGAGCCCGUGGGGGAGGACGGACAUUGUGUAGACAGGGACGAGUGCCUUGAACCGUCGUCGUGCGCGCAGCUCUGCCACAACACUGUGGGAUCGUUCUCAUGCUCCUGCGUGGACGGCUACCGGCUGGAGGGCGGAGACUGUGUGCCUAUCAACGAUCCCCCGUCCCUUCCCCUGUCGGUGCUCGUGGUGACGCCGAGUGAGGUCCUGGUGGCCGAGCCCGGGCAGCCCGACAGGAACCUGUCGCUGUCGGCGCUCAACGUGCGAGCUAUCGACAUCAACUUCUCUAACGGGACGUUCUGCUACAUCCACAACAACGUGUCGCGCUCGGCGCUGGUGUGCGCGCGCGCAGACCUCUCCCAGCGGUGGGUGCUGCCCCAGCCGCCGCUCAUUCCCACGCUCAACUCGAUAUCCCACUUGGCAAUAGACUGGAUCUCCGGCAACAUGUACUUCGCCGAGGAGAGCAGCUCGGCGCUGUACGUGUGCAGCGGCGCGCUGGACAGCUGCCGGCUGCUGCUGGCCGCCGCCGACAAGCUGCAGGGCUUCGCGCUCGACCCGCGCAGAGGCUUGAUGUUCUGGUCGGUGUGGGGCGCGUCGCCGGCGGGCGUGUGGCGCGCGGCGCUGGACGGGCGCGCGCGCCGCCCGCUGGCCGCGCGCAAGCUGGUGUACCCCACCGCGCUGGUGCUGGACCCCGCCGGCGGGCACGUCUACUGGGCGGACACCUACCUGGAGACCGUCGAGCGGGCCGACUACGAUGGCCAGAACAGAGUCACCGUGAAGAACGCUUAUAGGACGCAGAAGCUGCAACAGAUCUCCGUGCUGGGCCCGUGGCUGUACCUGCCGGCGUGGGGCGCGCGGCGCGUGCGCGUGGAGGCGCGCUGGCCGCCGCGCUCGCGCCGCGCGCUGCCGCCGCUCGACACUGCGCAUGCGCCCACUGCCGCCGUGGUCUACCACCGGCAGAGGCAACCGAUGAUCUCCCACCCGUGCGCCAAGAACAAGGGCGGCUGCGCGCACAUCUGCAUCCCGGCGUACAGCGACGGCGCGGCGCGCGCGCAGUGCCUGUGUCGGCACGGCUACCGGCUGGCCGGCCACUUCGACUGCGAGCGCGUGGAGUUGGACAGCUACCUGGUAGUAGGCCGGGGGUCUCCCCCCAUGGUGCAGGCUCUGUCGCUGUCGCCGUCCGAGGACGAGGCCGCCGCGCCCGCCAGCGACGCCGCGCGCCCCACCACCGCCGACGUCGACCUGGAGAAGCAGUAUCUCUACUACUGCGAUGUGCACAGAUACGAGAUAGUUCGCCAGCGGCUGGACGGCACGGGCCGCGAGGUGUUCGUCUCGGAGGACGUGGACAACUGCGAGGGGCUCGCCAUUGACUGGAUCGGCCGCAACCUGUACUGGUCGGACGACGCGCUGGGCCGCCUGAGCGUGGCGCGCCUGGACGCGCCGCGCGCCGCGCGCGUGCUGCUGCAGGAGCCCGACUUCAACCCGCGGGCCGUCGCGCUCGACCCCGCCAAUGGCGUGAUGUACUGGUCGGUGUGGGCGAGCUCGGCGUCGGGCGGGCGGCUGGAGACGGCGCUGAUGGACGCCAGCGAGCGGCGCACGCUGCUGGACAAAGAUCUGCACUGGCCUAACGGACUGGCUCUCUACCAGGAGUACCUGUACUGGUGCGACACCUACCUGAACAAGAUCGAGCGACUAGAGCUGUCGUCGGGCAAACGCGAGCUGGUGCUGCGAGACGCGCCGCAGACGCCGGUGCUGAAGCCGUACGGGCUGGCUGUCUAUGAGGGUGCAGUUAUAUGGAGCGAGCACGCCACGGGCUCAAUCCGACGUCUGUCUCGAACCGACAACGUGACCACCCUGUAUUCUCUCCCACCGCCGCUGUAUGACCUCAAACUGGUGUCUAACACCGGGAGAACGGGCAGCAACCGCUGCUCAGUGAACAACGGCGGCUGCGCAGAGCUGUGCCUCGCGCGCGGCUCGUCGCACGUGUGCGCGUGCGGCGCGGGGCGCGCGGCGGCAGGCGGCCGCUGCGAGCCCGGCGGCGACGAGCACGCGCCUGCGCAGCGCUGCCAGCCCGGCCACUUCCAUUGCGGCCGGGGAGUAUGCAUCGACGCGCAGUACAUGUGUGACGGAGACGACGACUGCCCUGACGGCUCCGAUGAAGAUUCCUCUCCGACAGGACCUUGCGCCAACCGGACUUGUAGCGAGCUAUACAUGCAGUGUGACGUCAACAGGUGCAUCCCGAGAACUUGGGUCUGCGACGGCCUGAAAGACUGCGUAGACGGCACGGACGAGUCCCCCGCGGCGUGCCAGGCGGCGUCGUGCGGCGCGGCGCAGUUCCAGUGCGCGGCGUCGCGGCGCUGCCUGCCCGCCGCCUGGCGCUGCGACGGCGCGCGCGACUGCGGCCCGGCCGACCGCAGCGACGAGGACGACUGCCAGAGUGCAGAAUGCGGCGCCAUGUUCUCCUGCGACAACGGCGCAUGCGUGCCGUGGGAGUACUACUGCGACGGCGUCAGCGACUGCGGAGACACGUCCGACGAGCGGAACUGCCAGACAGAGCCUCAAGCCGCCCCGCCACUCACCACCACCAAACACAACUCACUCGCCCACGAGCACCGGCCGCAGCCCGCCGACCGCGCGCUGUGCGAGGACCACGAGUUCCAGUGCAACAACAGCGAGUGCAUUCGGAUUGAGUUUCGCUGCGACCAACACGUGGAUUGCUUCGACGGGUCCGACGAGGCGGGGUGCGCGCCCCUCCCCACCACGCCCGCCCCCUCCACGAGCUCCCCGCGUGACCUCUCACUGGAUUGCCCCCCACCCUCGCUCCUGUGCGACAACGCGACGCGCUGCGUGCCGCUGCCGCAGCAGUGUGACUCGCAGCCGGACUGCGCGGACGGCGCCGACGAGGCCGACCGCUGCGGCGAGCCGAUGUGCGCCGCCGCCGCGUGCGCGCACGCGUGCCGGCCGUCGCCGGCGGGCCCGGUGUGCGCGUGCCCGGCGCCGCUGCUAGCGCGCCCCGACGGCUCGUGCGCGCCCGCGUGCGGCGCGUGGGGCGCGUGCAGCCAGCUCUGCACGCCGCAGAAGAACAAGUACAAGUGCUCGUGCUAUGACGGGUUCCGGCUGGCGGACGACGGGUUUACGUGUAAGAGCACGGCUGCGGCUACACCUGUGUUGGUCUAUAGCAACCGCCACGAGGUCCGCGCAGUAGAACUCCCAUCGCUGACGUCACGAGCCCUGGUCUCCUCUCUGAAGAACACCAUCGCGCUGGACUUCCUGCUGGAAGAUGACGGCGUCACGCUGUACUGGACCGACGUGGGCGACGACAAGAUCUACCGCGGUUCUCUCUCAGCCACCACGCUGAGCGGCAUCGAGGUGGUGGUGCAGCAGGGGCUGUCGACGGCGGAGGGGCUGGCGGUGGACUGGCUGGGCGGCAACCUGUACUGGGUGGAGAGCAACCUGCACCAGCUGGAGGUGGCGCGCCUGGACGGCCGCCACCGCCGCACGCUCAUCGACCAGGACAUCGACAAUCCCAGGGCCAUCGCCUUGGACCCCAGAGUGGGCUACCUUUUCUGGAGCGACUGGGAGACAUCUUCGCCCCGCAUCGAGCGGUGCUCCUUAGCGGGGCUCCGGCGGACCACAGUGGUGAGGGUAGACAGAGUCACCGACGGCGCCUGGCCCAACGGUAUCGGGCUAGACCACCUCGCUUCCAGGCUGUAUUGGAUUGACGCCAGCUCGGACGCUAUACACACCACGGACUAUGACGGCGGCGACUACAGGGAAGUGUUGCGAGGCCACUCGGCGCUGUCGCACCCGUUCGCGAUCACGGUGUUCGAGUCGCACGUGUACUGGACGGACUGGCGCAGCAACAGCGUGGUGCGAGCCAACAAGUGGAACGGCAGCGACGUCACGGUCCUGCAGCGGACUCUGACGCAGCCCUUCGACAUUAAAGUGAUCCACCCAUCUCGUCAACCCCGCGGCGCGAGUAACCCGUGCGGAGUCAACAACGGCAACUGUUCCCACCUGUGUCUCAUAGACACGGCUUCCAGCAGGGUGUGCGCGUGUCCACACGUCAUGCGGCUGGCGGACGACGGGGCCAGCUGCGAGGCUCACGAGAAAGUGCUCCUGCUGGGCUCGGCGGGGGUGAUCCGCGGCGUGGACCUGCUGUCCCCGGCGGCCCCGCUGACGCCCACGCUGGCGGGCCCGCACGUGGCGGCGCCGCACGUCAUCCGGCCCAGCCCCGCCACCGGGGAGAUAUACUGGGCCGACGCGGCGGGCAAUGAAAUCAGGAAAGCUGACCUCGCGCACGGGAACCAUUCUGUUAUUGCUGAUAAUGGGGUGGAGAACCCAGUCGGCUUCGCUCUGGACCCGGCGGCGGGGCUGCUAUACUACAGCACGGGGCAGGCGCUGGCGGUGUCGGGGCUGGCGGGGCAGCACAUGUCGCUCGUGAUUCCCGACGGGCUGCUCAACCUCACCGCGCUGGCUGUGGACCCGCUCAGAGGCCGACUGUACUGGGCGCUGUCGGCGGCGGGCGGCGCGCAGCUGCACUCGGCGGCGUGCGACGGCGGCGACCGGCGGCUGCUGCUGGACGCCCGCGCGCACCCGCAGCAGCUGGGGGCGGUCGCUAGUCUGACGAUGGACGUGGAGAGCAACCGCCUGUACUGGGUGAACCUGGACGCCUCCUCCGUGCAGUACUACGACGUGGGCGCGGGGAAACUCUUUACGCUGCCGCUGCCCCCCGGGUCGCUGCCGACGGCGCUGGACGUGUACGGAGACGAGGUGAUAUACGCGGACGGCGCCGACGACACCGUGCGCGCCUGCCGCAAGACCGGCGGCGGCGGCGCCCGCCUCUUGAGGAACCAUACCGAACACGUGAUGUCGCUAGCGGUGUACGACUCGUCCGCCGCGCAGGCGGGCGGCGCGUGCGCGGAGCGGCGCGCGGCGUGCGCGGCGCUGUGCGUGCCCGUGGCGCCGCACGCCAGCGAGUGCCUCUGCGCGGCCGGGUACCGCAAGGCGGGCAGGGAUUGUAUAGCGAUGGAGCCGCUGCUGGUGUACUCGCUGAGCUGGGAGCUGCGCGCGCUGCCGCUGGGCGCGCGCGCGGCGGAGCCCGGGCCGCUGCUGCUGCCGCCCGUCGCGCAGCUCUCCAACGCCGACCAGCUGGGCUUCUACGCGGAAGAGGAAUGGCUGUACUGGGCGGACUCGGAGGCGGGCUGCAUCUGGCGCGGCAAGCGGGACGGCACGCGCCGCGAGCUGCUCGUGCGCCAGCCCGAGCCGCUCACGGCGCAAGCGCAGGACUGGCUCGCCGGUCUGGCAAUCGACUGGGUAUCAGGCAACAUGUACUGGUCGGACCCGCGACGCAACUUGCUGCUCGUGUCUCGGCUCGACGGCUCCAGACGAUAUGUUCUGUUGGACACUUCCCCGGCUGCUGUCACUAGCAUAGAAAUAGACGCGGCAGCUGGCUGGCUGUUCCUCUCCGGCGGGGGCUGGAUCGAGCGCUGCCGCCCGGACGGCUCCCAGCGCGUCCUCCUCCACAACGGCACCGGCGUGGCGGCCAUGGCGGCUGCCGACGGCUUCCUGUACUGGGCCGACUCCUGGGAGGCCGCGGUGUGGAGGAUCCCGUACGAGGGAGGCGACAAGGAGAAGGUGCUGGAGGGGAGGGGCGCCCGGAAGAUGAUAGCGGCCAUCGCGGUUUACAACGAAACGCUGUACUGGCUUGACACGAUGUCGGGGCACGGCAGCGUGGCCGCCGCGCCGCUCGGCAACGCGUCGCAGGCGCGCGUGCUGCGCGCCGGCGCGGGCGACAGCCUGCGCGCGCUGCUGGUGUGGGCGCGCGGCCGCCAGGACCGGCGCGCGCGCUCCGUGCGCAACGCGUGCGGCGCGGCGCGCGGCGCGUGCGCCGGGCUGUGCCUGUUCGACGGCGAGCGCGCGCGCUGCGUCUGCCCGCACGGGGACUUGGCGCCGGACGGACGGAAUUGCACGCCGUACGAGUCGUUCCUGAUGUACUCCCGCGUGACCAACAUCGACAGCAUCCACCUGACGGACGAGGCCGACCUCAACUCGCCGUACCCGCCCAUACACGACAGCGAGCUGAUGCGUAACUGCAUCAGCCUGGCGUACUGGUACCAGGAGUCGCGGCUGUUCUACUCCGACAUCCAGCGCGGCUCCAUCAACACCGCGCUCUUCAACGGCUCCGGUCACUCGCUGCUCCUGCCCAAGGUGGGCGCAGUAGAAGGCAUGGUGUUCGACUCGUCCUCGGGCUGGCUGUACUGGACCAGCAACAGCCCGGCGUGUAUCCGAGGGGCCGACAUGCGAGCCGCUUUAAAAGGCCUGACAGAACGGGCGGGCUCCACGGAACAAGCCGGCCAAUCAGACUCCACCGUGGGAAGCAAGUCUGGACGGAAAGACUCGACGGUGGGAGACCAGACAGAUGACACCUUGGAGAGUCGCGGACACAAGGGCGCCCCGAGGACGAUAUUGAGAUUGCCUCGCGGAGAUCACGUGCGGGGCAUCGAUAUUGAUGUCUGUGACAGCCGCCUCUACUGGACAAACUGGAACGAGUCGCACCCGUCCAUCCAGCGCGCGUACACGAGCGGGCUCGGGCUGCAGAGCAUAGUGACCACCGACAUCCUCAUGCCCAACGGCCUGGCGCUGGACCACGCCGCCAAGAAGAUCUACUGGGCCGACGCCAGGCUCGACAAGAUCGAGAGGUGCGACUACGACGGCUCGCAUAGACAGAUAGUGACCCACUCGUCGGCGGAGCACCCGUUCGACGUGGCAGUGUUCGGGGACUACGUGUUCUGGACGGACUGGAUCUCGCACGGCGUGUUCCGCGCGGACAAGCGCGCGGGCGACGUCAUCGCGCUGCGGCGGGACGUGCAGAGACCCAUGGCUAUCGUGGUGGUGGCGCCGCAGCACCAGACCUGUUCCCCGGACCCGUGCGUCCCCCUGAACGGCGGCUGCGCAGAAGUCUGUCGCACUGACGCGGCUGGGCGCGCCGCGUGCUCGUGCUCGGCGGACCGCGUGCUCGCCGCCGACGGACGCGCUUGCAUGCCCAAAGAUUCCAGAUGCGCGGGCGACCAGUUCGCGUGCGCGGAGGGCCCGUGCGUGCCCGGCGCGCUGGCCUGCGACGGCGUGCCGCACUGCUCCGACGGCGGCUCCUCCAGCGACGAGGACCUCUACUACUGCACGUCCCGUGCGUGUCCGCCGGGCACGCUGCGCUGCGGCGCGGGCGGGCGCUGCGUGCGCGCCGCCGCCGUGUGCGACGGCCGCGCCGACUGCGACGACGCCGCCGACGAGGCCGACUGCGACUGUCCGCCGGACCACUACCAAUGCGACGACGGCGCGUGCGUGGCGCUGUCGGCGCGCUGCGACGGCGAGCAGCAGUGCGCGGACGCCAGCGACGAGCGCGCGUGCGCCGCGCCCGCCUGCGCCGCGCUGGGCGCGGGCGCGCGGCCGUGCGCGCGCGGCGGCUGCUUCCUGCCCGCCUGGCGCUGCGACGGCCACGCCGACUGUCCCGACGGGUCUGACGAACACGAUUGUGAACCUUCUACGCCAAUAGAUGUAACAACGGAAGAGAUUCCCGCGGGAUGCGCGUGGGACCAGUUCACCUGUUCCCGCGAUCCAUUAGAAUGCAUCCCGUUGUCGUGGCGCUGUGACGGACACGCCGACUGCAGCGACGGCGCAGACGAGACUUUACACUGUCGGCACACCAACAUCACGUGCCUAGCUUCGCAGUUCACGUGCGGCGCUAGUGGCGCAUGCGUUCCUUUAUCAGCCCGCUGUGACGGCGCCAGCGACUGUCCUCGAGGAGAGGACGAGCGCGACUGCGCGUGCGCAGGGUUCGUUUGUCGCGCUUCUGGCCGCUGUUUACGCAUGAGUCUAUACUGCGACGGUGACCGCGACUGCGCGGACGGCUCCGACGAGCCGGCGGGCUGCCCCGCGCUGUACCCCGGCAUGCUGCCCCCCGCCACGGAGUCCCCCGACCCGCUGUCCCCCGACCCGCUGUCCCCCGACCCGCUGUCCCCCGCCGCGCCCCGGGCCCUGUGCCCGGCGCGGGGCGCUAUCUACUGUAGCGGCCGGUGCGUGCCCGCCAAUGCUGUGUGCGACGGAAGGGAUCAUUGUUUAGAUGGAUUAGGAGAAGGCGCAGGCUCCGACGAAGACCCCGCUAUGUGCAGCUCGUACCAGUCGGCACUCGGCGGCGAGUCGGGCGCGGCGGGCGGGCGCGGCGCGUGCGCGCGGGCGCAGUGGCGCUGCCGCGGCGGCGCGUGCGUGCCGCGCGCCGCGCUGUGCGACGGCGAGGACGACUGCGGCGACUACAGCGACGAGGCCGGAUGCAACAUAAACGAGUGCCUGGUGAACAACGGCGGGUGCGCGCACAACUGCUCGGAGCUGGCCGUGGGGCGCGGCUGCUGGUGCCGCGCGGGCUGGCGGGCGCGCGGCGCGGCCUGCGCCGACGUGGACGAGUGCCUGGAGGACCAGCCCUGCGAUCAACGGUGCAGGAACACCAUGGGCAGUUUCGUGUGCUCCUGCGUUGACGGUUACCGGCUCAUGGAAGAUGGCGUCAACUGCGCUCCUAUUACGGCUGGUCGUUCAUCCCUAAUCUUCACGAACCGCUACUACAUCCGGCGCACGUGGCUCGGCGCCCAGCCUUCCACCAGCCUGCUCGUGAGGAACCUCACCAACGCGGUCGCCUUGGACAUGGACUGGAAGGCCGGCUGUCUGUACUGGAGCGACGUCACCAGGCUCGGCAGCUCCAUCAAGCGCUGGUGCAAGCUGGACCACGCCGGGGACGCCGAUGAUUCUCACGAGCUUCUCCACGGCGCGACUCUCCAGAACCCGGACGGGCUGGCCGUGGACUGGGUGGCGGGCAACCUGUACUGGUGCGACAAGGGCACCGACACGCUGGAGGUGUCGCUGCUGGACGGCAGGCACCGCCGCGUGCUGCUGCGCGGGGGGCUCCGCGAGCCCCGGGCGCUGGCUCUGCAUCCGCAGCGAGGGACUUUAUACUGGUCGGACUGGGGUUCCGAGGCGCACAUCGGCCGCGCCGGCAUGGACGGCUCGUCCCGCGCCGUGCUGCUGCGCGACGGGCUCGGCUGGCCCAACGCCCUGACGGUGUCGCACCCCUCCAAUGAGCUGUACUUCGCGGACGCCAGGGAAGACUAUAUCGCCGUGUUGCCUCUGGGACAGGACUCGCCGGAGGUUCGCGUGUUGUUCCAUAGAGAAAGCCAGCCCUGGCUGCGCCUGCACCACGUGUUCGCGCUGGCGGCGUGGGAGGGCCGCGUGUACUGGUCCGACUGGGAGACGCGCGCGGUGGAGUCCUGCUUGAGGAGGCCCAUACGGAACUACAAGGAAUCGAACUCGUCAUCGCUGCCGGAGUCCGGCGGCGCCCACGCGUGCCGCACGAUCGUGCACACCGUGCACAAGCCCAUGGACCUCCGCGUCGCGCACCCCGCACGACAGCCGCCUAUACCUGAGCUGACCGCCCAAUGCGCUCGCCUGAACUGCUCUGGGCUCUGCCUACUGUCGCCCCUCCCCGACGGCACUCCCCCCGCCCCCGGCCUGUCUGCGCAGGCGCAGUGCGCGUGUCCCGAGCACUUCGUGUUGGCGGAGGACGGCCGCUCCUGCACGCCCAACUGUACAAGCGCGCAUUUUAUAUGUAAAACCACGCUGAAGUGUAUACCGUUCUGGUGGAAGUGUGAUACCCAGGACGAUUGCGGUGACGGCUCGGACGAGCCGGCGUCGUGCCCGGCGUUCCGGUGCCGGCCCGGCGAGUUCCAGUGCGACAACCAGCGCUGCGUGCACCCCUCCUACAUCUGCGACGGCGUGUCGCAGUGCGGGGACUACUCCGACGAGAAGGACUGCGACACCUUCACCUGCCUGUCGACGCAGUGGAAGUGCCCCGGCAACGCGUCGGCGAGCGUGACGGCGCGGUGUGUCCCGCAGCAGGCGCGCUGCAACGGCACGGCGGAGUGCGCGGACGCGGCCGACGAGCGCGACUGCCCGCCGCACUCCUGCCCCGCCAUGCAGUUCACGUGCGGCGACGGCACGUGCAUCCCGCAAGUGUGGGUGUGCGACGCCGACUCGGACUGCGCGGACGGCUCGGACGAGGGCGCCGCCUGCGCGCGCCGCGCCUGCGCCGCGCGCGACUUCCGCUGCGCGUCGGGGCGCUGCGUGCCGCGCGCCUGGCUGUGCGACGCCGAGCCCGACUGCCCGGGCCAGGAGGACGAGCGCGGCUGCGGCGAGCGCGCGCGCAAGCCCUGCGACCCCACGUACUUCCGGUGCCCGGAUUCCAAAUGCAUCCCCGGGCGCUGGCGCUGCGACUUCGAGGACGACUGCGGCGACGGCGCGGACGAGGCGGCGUGCACGCCGCGCAACUGCUCCGAGAGCGAGUUCCGCUGCGGCUCCGGCGAGUGCGUGCGCGCCGCGCUGCGCUGCUCCGGCCGCGCCGACUGCGGCGACGCCAGCGACGAGGCCGGCUGCGGCGCGCGCUGCUCGCCCGGCGCGCGCGCCUGCGCACACACCAGACAAUGCGUACUGAAUGAAUGGUGGUGUGACGGCGAAGUGGACUGCGGCGACGGGUCGGACGAGCAAGACUGCGCUCUCUCCGCUAACGUGACAGGCGAUGCAAAUUGGUGCGGGGAGCGCCUCCGCUGCGGGCGCGGCUGCGCGCCGGCCGCGUGGCGCUGCGACGGACGCAACGACUGCGGGCACGAUGAGAAGGACUGCGCGUCAAUGUCAUGUCCGGGCGACACAUUCCGGUGCGCGAACAACACGUGCGUGCCGAGCCGGCUGCUGUGCGACGGCGAGCCGGACUGCGGGCAGCCGGCCGGCGCCGACGAGGACCCCGCCAUCUGCGCGUGCGCACCUCACCAGACCAAGUGUCCGGACGGCCACUGCGUUUCACCCCCGGAACUCUGCACACCAAUCUACGCAGAGGAGAAGGGCCCGUGUACGUGGCGCACGUGCUCGCAGGUCUGCCUGCCCAAACACAAGAACCAUACGUGCAAAUGUGUGCCCGGCUACAAGCAGCGACUGAUGCCGGACGGCAGCCUCACUUGCGAGUCUACAGGAGAGAAGCCGCGCCUGGUAGUGGCACACAACGGGUCGCUCGUGUUCUGGGAGAUGCACAAGCGGGAGCAGAAGGCGGAGUACUCCGCGUUCGCUAAUGACAGCGCGGAGAUCAACAGCAUAACAUCCGCCUUCUUAGAGAACACGUGGUGGAUAUGGUGGGGCGACAGCGAGGGUCGCCUGCACCGCGCCCGCCUGCCCCCCGACUCGGCGGGCGUAUCCGAGGGGGCGGGGGGAGUGUUGGGGGGGGCGGAAGUGACGGUGCUGGCGCAGGGCGCCGUGGCGGUCAGGGGCGUGGCCGUGGACCCCGCGGUCGGGAGGCUCUAUUGGACCGUGCAGUUGCCGAAAGGCGGCGGCGCAAUAUACGUAGGCGCCUUGGACGGGCGGCGGCGCGUCACGCUGUACGAGCGCGCCGCGGCGGAGCCCGACGACCUCGUGCUGCACAACCGCUCGCGCGCCGUGUACUGGAGCGAGCGCGGCGCGGCGCCCGGCGUCAUGCGCGCCGGCGCGGACGGCAGCGACGCCAGGUGGCUGGUGACCAGGAGGGUCAGGCGCCCGACCGCUUUGACCAUAUUUGAUCCGCAGGAUAGACUAUACUUCGUGGACGCGUACCUAGACACGUUGGAGAGCGUCCGCCUCGACGGGUCGGAGCGCGUGAAGCUGGCCGCGUUCUCGGCACACGGGGGCCCCGGGCUCUCUCUGAACCCCGCGCCCGCCAUGUCGCUGCCCGGGGUGCGCGCUUGCACCAGGAUGGCCGCGCAUGAGGAUUGGAUUUGGUGCGCUACCGCUAGAGGUCUGUCGCGGGUGCCGCGGCGCCCGGGGCGGCCGCCGGCGACGCCGCGCGACUCCGAGCGGCUACACAUUUCUGCGUUGCAUAUACUGCAAGCCCCGCCCGAUAACGAUUAUGGAGAGAACCCGUGCCAGCCGGCCAACGGCUCGUGGAGCUGCCACAGCAGCGCGCUGUGCGUGCGCGGGCGCAGCCGCCGCGCCGCCUGCCUGUGCCCCGACGGGCUCGCGCCCACCGACGACGAGCCCGACGAGCACCGCCGCUGCGUGAUCCCGCGCGUCCCGCUGGGCGGGCCGCCCCCCGCGGAGCCGGCGGGCUGCGCGGGCGGCUGCGGGCCCGGCUCGUGCGCGGGCCGGCGCUGCGCCUGCCCCGCGCUGUACGCGGGCGCGCGCUGCCAGCACUACCGCUGCGCCGCGCACUGCCUGCACCGGGGGCGCUGUGCGGCCGCCCCGCCCGCCCCGGGGGCCGCGGGGGACGCGCCGCCGCCGCUUGUGUGCUUCUGUACCAGCGGCUACACUGGCAAACGUUGCGAGAUCCCUCUGACCGGCAACACGACAAUCGAAGCCCCCUCCAGCCCCGCCAGUGGAGGGGAGAAGAUCCCGAGUGGUGGGGAUGUGAGCCCCAGUGGUGGGGGCGCGAACAGUCGUGCCUGCGCGAUGCUGCACUGUGAGAACGGCGGCCAGUGCCGCCUGGAGGGGACGAAAGCGACCUGUCAGUGCUUGCCCGGAUUCCACGGCCCCCGCUGCGAGCAGUGCGCGGGCGCGGCGCCGUGCGCGGCGGGCGAGGUGUGCGUGCGCGCGCGCAGCCCGCCCGCCUGCGUGCACCUGCUGUGCGUCAGCUACUGCCUCAAUCAGGGCACUUGCUACGUGCUGAAAGUGGACGGCGCGCACAGCUCCGUGCGCUGCGCGUGCGCACGCGGCUGGGGCGGCGAGCGCUGCCAGCGCCGCGCCUGCGAGGACGAGGACUGCCGCGAGCACCACGACCAGGACAACAGGACCACGCAGGAACAACAAGAUUUGGAAACAACAUCAUGCUCCGACACGGGCUGCGACAACGGCGGCGCGUGCACAUUGGACGCGUGCGCGUGCGCAUCGCCGUGGGGCGGCGCGCGCUGCCGGCACUACGUCGGCCACGACCACGCCUGCCUCGCGCUGCGCUGUAAGACCAACUUCUGCGCGUGGAGGCCCGACCCCACGAACCCCAGCUCCCCGGGCGCGGCGUACUGCGUGCCGCCGCCGCCCGCCGCGUCGCACGCGUGGCUGAUCGCCAGCGUGCUGGUGGCGGCCGUGCUCGCCGUCUCGCUCGCCGCGCUACGGCUGUCCCGCUCCAGGCGGGCGUUCGCGCAUGCGCGGCUCGCCGACAACGUGGAGAUCUCCAACCCCAUGUACUUGGCGGGAGAGGACGAGCCGGACCCGAGGCCGCCGGAGAGGACGCAUUCGAACGGCGGCAGCCACUUCGCGAACCCCGUGUACGAGAGCAUGUACGCGCCGCAGCAGGGCGCGCCCACUGAGGAGCACGCCAACUUGCUGUCGAGCCCGGACGCGUCGCCCGAGCCCGCGGCGCUUCUCUGAACUAACUCCGACAAACAUAUCCAAAGCGGCCAGACUUGCCUUUACUUCUAGGCUAGAUUAGUUAAUAUUAAUACCCUAUUUAUAUGUUUCAUUUUAUUUUUUUAAGCAACGAAAGUGAUUUUCGGAAUAGCAUAAUAUUGACGGUAUUAAACUUAGCCCGCGUUGUGGUUGUUUAUUAUAAUGAUCUAUAAAAUUGAGACAAAAUAUAAGAUUUAGAAUAUAGAGAUAAUUUACGUCAUUUCUCUCUUUUAUGCAAAUGUAUUUCUUGUCUCAAGAAGCAAAUUAAAAAUCAAUCAAAUGUGUUGAUACGUAAAUACAGAAAUGAGUAAAAUAUCUUUUUUAGACGCGAUUGCUUCAAACACCUGUGCAUGCUGGUCUCAGAGUAAGCAUUUACCAACUCUUUUCAAACAUAUAAAUCCAAUCGCAGCGCGUGCUGAGUUUGAAUUAAAACCUCUUUUGACAUCGUCACUUUUCUUAAAUUUUAAGCAAUAUUUUCCUUGGUACAUAUUUCAGGUUAGUGACAUUAAUUUACAAUUGAUUUAAUGAAUGUGAUGAAUCUUUUUAAUUUUGUAAACACGUUGUGAUACUCCCGACCCUAGUACAUAAUUAUAUACUUAAUUUACACGUAAGUUGAGACGAUAUUGCUAUGAGAAACUCGGAAUGCUCAAAGUCACAAAACUUGUGCCAUAUUAAGCGAAAAGUAUUUUUAACUUUAUCAAUUGGAUUUAUUGAAGUUCCUGGCAUUAUAAUUAAGAAUUUAUAGCAAUAUCUUUAUUUAGAUUCUAUUAGUAUUUAAGUUGAAAUGUAAAUUGACACGUGUGGACAUAUUUUUGUUGGUAAUUAAAACUGACGAAACAUAUAACCAUUGGCAUUUUCCCGCCUCAUUGCAUCAUAUACAUUUGAAUGUCAACUCUUAAAUUACGUUACAUUUUAACUCAUUAAACAUUGAAAUUUCAGAUCUUGUAGCAAAUUUGUUAUUUGCACACGAAAGUUUUAACAUACAUAGCUGCCUGUAUGCAAUGAUUUCUUCCAAUUAUGCAAGAAGAAUAGCCAAAUGAUCAAGAAUAUGUCCACAAGUAGUCCCUCGUGACGCGGGCAGCUGUGACGGUUGUCGUUCGUAAUAUGUUUGCGGGUAAUUGCAGAAGAACAUCGACAUUAUUGUUAUUAUAGUACAUUUUUUUUUGUUUUCAAGGGAACGCUGCAUUUUUUCUUAAAUGCAUUUAAAUUCUCAAAAAAAACUUUAGCCUGGCGGCUGAUUAACGCAUAAAUAUGCAAGAAAAAUUGACAAGCCCCAAUUUUCAAAUAUAAUGUGGUCUUUAUUGACUUACUACUUCUGUGAUUCUUGAUAUUGUAGAAUUGGUUAAUUAAUAACAUCACACUCUUAUCGUUGGUCUUCAUAGUUUAAUAAUUAUAUAAGUUCGUUACUAAGAAGUGAACUUUGAAUUUAUUUGAAUCUCACUGCAAUCUACAUCUCGUAAAAUUUGAAGCGAAAACAGGGUGAAAACGUUGAAAUGAGACAAAUUAUUGUACUCUCUUACUUUUUAUUAUAAGUAUCAAU